CGUCAACCCCCAAACUGACGUAACUAAACAGAGGGAGCGUCAUCUACUCAUGACUCGUGUCUGAAAUAUCCCACCUGAGCCUUUGUAGAGUUCAGCGAGCAUUUUUUAAGGGUUCUUAACGGAACUUUCGUGUUGCCCUGACAAUUUUGAGUGCGAAAUCUCGACCUUCUUUACCAUCACGAGCAACUGAAGCCAGCAGUGACUGAUCAGGCACUAUGGCACGAAGGGUACCUGUGGCUGAAGACAACUUCCCGCUCCCAGGCACUGUGCCUGAACGUGAUCUAUAUCUUCCGAACCGUGAACUUCAAAGUGGCCUUGAACUCAAGAGAAUGAUACCGUUCGAGCCAAAGGAAUCACGUACUUCCUCUCACGACGAAGCCGACAACAAAAAGUUACCAUCGAAUUAUGAAAUAUGGUCUGAUUUUGUGAAUAAUACUUCGCUGCAUGGAAUUCGCUAUGUCUUCUGGAAACGCCCUCUAUGGGCUCGGGUUGGUUGGUUGCUUAUUCUUUUAAUGUUCUCUUCAUAUUUCUGUUUCACUGUGUACAAGUCACUGCAGAAAUACGUCAAACACCCAAUUAACACCGUCAUUACUCAGAGAUACGUGAAUGCAAUGGAUUUCCCAGCUGUCUCAAUUUGUCCCCUCAAUUCUGUCAGUAAAAAAAAGAUAUACGCCUUAGAUGUUGACGCCAAUUUUGCCAAAUAUGGUUUAAACGACAGCGUAUGUGCAGUUACUGAGUCGGCGCGUAACGGGAUGCCAUGUGGAGCAGCCAUGAGUUGCUGCUGCUUAAGUUUCCUGAUAUUCGACGGAGGAAAUCUCGUGCCAAACUGCACAAUACCGUUCGCUCAAAGCCUAAUUGCUGCUCAAAAUACUUCUGGAGAGUUUUUUGAUACUGUUAGAUUUUACAAAAAGUACGGACAGAGUGUUCAAGAAAUGCUUGUGCCUGAGGUUUGUUUUUUUAACGGCGAUGUUAAAAAACAAUGUGGCACAGAUGAUUUUACACCAACCGUCACUGAUUGGGGUUUGUGUCAUACUUUCAACGCGGGUCCGGAGAACAUUAAAAAGGCUGAAAUUGGAGGCCCUGUAGGCGGUUUGAACAUUUUGUUAGACGCACAAAUUGAUGACUAUGCAUUUGCAAGAUUUUCAGAGGGAUUCAGCGUCGUGAUCCAUCAACAAGGAGAGUUUAUUAAUCCUUUGGACGGCAUCAAUGUUUCACCAGGAACAAUGGCAACAAUAAUUUUACAUCAGAAAAGGAUUGUCAACCUUAAGGAGCCGUACGAAACGAAAUGCAAAAACAAGAAAUUGAAAACGAUAAGUAAUUAUACGAUAACGGGAUGCCAGUUUGAAUGUCUCCAAGAAGCCAUCAUCGAAAACUGCCAGUGCCGUUUUGCAACAUAUUCAGCAUCAACCGUCAGACCAUGCGCCAAAUAUGAUGCAAAUUGUAUCCAAGACGUCACAAGCGAACUUGAUGCAACAAAAUGUGAUUGUCCUAAUCCUUGUAAAGAAGUGAGAUACACUACAGAGGUGUAUUACUCUAAGUUCCCGGAUGCUGGAACAGCAAAUUUGCUCCAGCCCAAUGGAGACGGAAGCACAUUGAAGUACUUAAGGGGAAACACAGUUUUUCUUCAGAUUGGUUACAAAUCACUCAGCUAUGAAUUACAUGAGCAGACUGUUGCGUUUGGAAUUGAGGCUCUGUUUGGUGAAAUUGGAGGCAAUAUGGGUCUCUUCCUCGGAGGAAGUCUCAUGACUAUUUUUGAAUUUGCGGAUCUGCUUGUGGCCAUAUAUUAUGUUCGUGCAUUUCGCAGAGAAUACCCAACUUAACCUAGUGACAAAUUAAAACUUAAGAACUCUUCAUUAAAAGCUAAAAACUACGUGCGUCCGACAGUUUAUUCCGGGAAUGAAAGGAGGAAAUUUUUCGCUCACAUGGAGCAUAAAUGAAGAACAUAUAUGGACGCAUCAUGAAAGAGAGUGAAUGUCCUAUGGUAUUAUUAAUAGAACGUAUGGUAUAUAUUCAAUAUCAUAAUGAAAUCAAUCUACUCUGUUUUAAGGAAAUUGUAGCUUACCCGUUGUCUGUAAACUUCAUCCUUGUUCAGUAUCUUUAGUUCUGAGUUACGGGUACGCAUAAAAAACGAAAUUCACUAAAAGACUUACUUAAUUCACCGUGCGUGAUGCAAAUACGGUUUACAUUUUUAAUGCAAGCGGAUAACAAUCUAGUCAUGGCACACGGGUUUUUCAGCAUGAUGUUUGAGCUUUUUCAGAAAUUCUCUUUGAUUUGACCACCAUUCAAAUUCAGAUCAAAUUGGAUCCAAAGUUAAAUCCAUUUUCUGGUAACAGGGAUCAUUUAUAUAACAUUCUCUUUGAACUUACAAGAUAUCGAAUCAAUCUCUGUCACACCCUAACUUGUUGAUAAUGGGGCCAUAUAUCAUGAAUACUGUCAACAUUCAUUGUAUUUACUAGCGUAUAUCCUGAGGUGAUAUCUCUGAAAAAUCAGGUUUUCAUCAUCUAGCGUAUUAACAGCACUAUCAAUUCCUCUUGCCAAACGUGAUCUACUAAAUUACGAAAAAAAAGAAGCAGGUGUAUCUAACAGAAAAUUAGUCUCUACGUAUGACGUAUACUCAAGAUGAUCAACUUGUUUCUCACGUAUAGAGCCAGACAAGUGCUUGAAAUCGUCAUUGUUACGAUUCAGAAUAAAUGGACUUCAUUUCGGA